AUGACCACCGAGCCCUCGGGAGACAAUGGAGCUGCCAGCAGCCCCACACCUGGCUCUCCUGAGGCCUCCCUAUCCAACAGCAACCCUGCAGACAGCACAAUAGGGACGUCCCAAGAUGAAGUAUUCCCCCCUGCAGAUGUCUUGGUGUCAGAGAGCAGCCCUGUUCAGACGUCAGAGAGCAGCCCUGUUCAGGUGUUAGAGAGCAGCCCUGUUCAGGCGUCGGAGAGCAGCCCUGUUCAGGCGUCAGAGAGCAGCCCUGUUCAGGUGUUAGAGAGCAGCCCUGUUCAGGCGUCGGAGAGCAGCCCUGUUCAGGCGAGCCAGGAGAUGCUUAAAAAGAUGACAUUUCUGUUUCCCAGGCAAGACUCAGUUGACCUGCAAGUGUCCACGAGCCUCCCGGACCAAACCUGGGACAGGGUAGUUGAAGACUCAAAGGCAACUCACAGUAUGGUGGCUCUCCCACAUCACUCCCUGAGCAAGGAAAAGACACCCCAAGUGGAGGGCAUUUCCAACACGGAGCCAGAAUUAGCUCCACAUGCCUCAAGUGCUGAGGGCUCGGUAGGCUCUGAGUCUAUCCAGAGUCAGCCCACUGUGAGUGAUACAGAUACAUCCAGUAGAGACACCCAGGAUCAGCCUGAGCCUCAGGCCACCAGUACCACUAAGGAUGCUGAGAAGAAAUCUGGGAGUCCAAAGGCCUUAUGCUUCAACACCAAAAUUUCUUCGUCAUCGGAUGAGUUCCAGACAGUGACAGAGGACCUGGUGACCUCAGGAGAGUGGCAGACUCCGCCUUACUAUCCCUCCCCAGAAAACAGUGUCUCCCUUUUGUCCAGCCCCCAGGAGGUGGCCCUGGAGAGGACACCCCUGGAUCCCAACCUGUACAUGGCCAGUGAGGAGAACAACUACAUGAGAUCCAUGACCAGCUUGCUAGGUGGGGGUGAGGGCUCCAUAAGCUCCCUGGCAGACAUCCUGGUGUGGUCUGAGACCACCAUGGGCAUGGGCAUGGCCACAGGCUUCUUGGCCUCUGGCCGCGACACUGUGGCAGAUAUGCUGCACAGCCCGGGGCCCAGCCUGCGUUCAGUCUCCAGCAUCCUGGGCAGCGCCAGCUCAGCCUUCUCCUCUGGGCUGGCUUCUGGCACCGGCUCAGCCUUACGCUCUGUCACCCACAUGCUAGAGACAGUGGAGCGGAGGACUGUGGAGGGCAUCCGCUCUGCAAUGCGCUACUUGACCAGUCACCUCACAACACGCCGGGCCCAUGCUGGCUCCAACUGUGAUUAG